AUGGCCAAAGUUUACGGACGCAAACGAAGAUUUUCGUCUCCGAAGUUAAGAGGCAGAAAGUACGAUGAUGUAAAAUAUGAAGAAAGGAAUGUUGGCCAUUUGAUAAGUUGCGAAAUAUUUGCUAUAAAAUCUCCGUUGAAACGUGUGUAG